GAGCUUUUGAAGUUGCUGCUGCUUCACUCCGAAUGAAGAUUGAUCUUCACCUCAGAUUGCAACUUUUUUCUUCUGUUCAGCAUCUGUUUCAAACAUCAGUGAGACUGAAGCAUGCAGACCUCAAUGAGAGUAUCCCCAAUGAACUGACUGUGGGAAGACCUUUAACUGGCUACGCAGCCUGAAAUAGCAACACCCCAUUCACAGCAGCGAGAGACAGAACACGUUCCGUGUGUGAGUGGAUUUUCAACGGAUUGUCGAAGCUGGGGAGUGGCAGGGAUUCCCAUGAAUGGAGAAACCGUGGAAAUGUGGGGACUGCGGGAAGGAAUUCAAAUUCCCAUCCUUGCUUGAAAGCCAUCGUCGCUGUCACACUGGGGAGAGACCGUUCACGUGCUCCGUGUGUGGGAAGGGGUUCACCCAUACAUCUGCUCUGGUGACCCACCAGCAGGUCCAUACUGGGGAGAAGCCGUUCACCUGCUCUGUAUGUGAGAAGGGGUUCACCCAUUCAUCUGCCCUGGUGAUCCACGAGCGGGUCCACACCGGGGAGAGGCCGUUUACCUGCUCUGUUUGUGGGAAGGGGUUUACUCAUUCAUCCACCCUGGUGACCCACCAGCGGAUCCACACCAUGGAGAAGCCGUUCACCUGCUCUGUCUGCGGGAGGGGGUUUGUUCAAUCCUCCAACCUGCAGAGACACCAGCGGGUCCACACUGGGGAGAAGCCAUUCACCUGCUCCAUCUGCGGGAAGGCAUUUGUUCAAUCCUCCAACCUGCAGAGUCACCAGCGGGUCCACACUGGGGAGAGGCCGUUCACCUGCUCCGUGUGUGGGAAAGCAUUCAUUCAGUCCUCCAACCUGCAGAGUCACCAGCGGGUCCAUACAGGGGAGAGACCGUUCACCUGCUCAGUGUGUGGGAAGGGGUUCAUUGAUUGGUCUUCCCUGCGGAGACACCAGCCUGUCCACACCAAGGAGAGACCAUUCAGCUGCUCUGUCUGUGGGAAGGCAUUCAGUCAGUCAUCCCAUCUGUUCAGACACCAAUCCAGUCACACCGAGUAGAGAAUGUUUGGAUUCUUUGUGGAUGUGACCUCUAUGAGUAUUAAGAGGGCACACAUUCACUGGUGAGUUGAGCAUUCGUUUAAGACACACUUACUGAUUUGGAAUACGUAAUGAAGUCGGGAGGUGUAUACAUGUCAUGUUUGACUCUGUGAAGAAAUCUACCAUGUGUAAAGAUUGGCUCCGGUUUCUCCCUUCCCCACGAGACUGCCAGGAUAAUAACAUGAUGUGAGAUAUUAUAUUAUAGGUAUCUUUACUAACCUACUCACAAACGCUUUCUAUUUACUCAUUCAUAAGUCUUUUUUAACCUGCUCACAAGAGCCCUCUAUCUAAUAAUACUGCAUUCUGAUUCACUCACAUCAUUUUUAGGGAAGAAAACUGCUGUUGUGGAAAGGAUUCACUCAGUCGUCCCAGCUGCAUCCUUGACUCUGUCUGGCCUGUGGUUGACUCUACACUGCCCCCCACCACCCCUGUUCUCUCCCCCACUGGGCCCCUCCCCCUCCCCGGCAAAUGAGCAGGGAGAAACCUACUUAGAUACAGAGUAUACGUUGAAAUUGCUGAGUGAGGCAAUACUUUCUACAGGUUAAGGAGGGGAAUGUGUGUGCUUUGACCUUGAGCUUUUUUUUAAAAAAAGCUACUUUUUCUAUGCCUUUUUGCUGGGGGGGGAUUCUGAAGCUGUAACAAAGUUGGGUCACAAUAAAGGGUUACCUUGACUUAC